UGAACCCCUGCGACUCGAUGCUGCAGGACAUAUCUCUGCCGUUCGUCACCUACCCCGUCAUCCUGGGCGAAGACGUCGCGGGCACCGUCGAGGCCGUCGGGCGCACCGCUGCCGCCAAAUUCGAAGUCGGCGACCGCAUCAUCGGCAUGGCCCUCGGCACCAUCAGCAGGCGACCCGCGCACGCCGGCUUCCAGGAGCGCCUCAUCCUGCACCACACCAUGGCGUGCAAGAUCCCCGCCGCCCUCUCCUUCGCCGAGGGCGCCGUCUUCCCACUGUGCAUCACCACGGCCGCGUUCGCGCUCUUCGGGAAAGACUACCUGGGCCUGCCGUUCCCGACCACGACUUCUACUAGCUCGGGCAAGUCGGUCCUGAUCUGGGGCGGCGCCUCCGCGGUUGGCAGCAACGCCAUCCAGCUCGCGAAAGCCGCGGGCUUCGUCGUCGUGGCGACGUGCUCGCCCCGCAACUUCGACUACGUGAAGAGCCUGGGUGCGGGCGCGGUCUUCGACUACAACAGCCCGCCCGCGGUCGACGACAUCGUCGCCGAGCUGGAUAAGGGCGUGUGCGCGGGCAUCUACCACGCGGCGGGCGCGUCGGUGGCCGCGACGUGCCUGGUCUCGCACCGGUCGAGGCAAAAACUGUUUGUGGCGUCGUCGAAUCCGGUCGGCGAAGGCGAUGCGCCGGAGGGCGUGGAGGCGAAGAUGACGUUUGGGACGGGAGGCGUGGAGAUGUUUGGGGAGGUGAGCCCGGCGACGUUUGGGGGGUUCUUGCCCGAGGCGUUGGAGAUGGGGGUGUAUCAGGUGGCGCCGCGGCCGCAGGUGGUGGAGACGAGGGGGCUGGAGGGGGUGCAGGUCGCGUUGGAUGUGUUGAAGAAGGGGGUCAGUGCGAGGAAGGUUGUUGUUGUGGCGGAGUAGGUGGUUUUGGGAGAAGGAAAGCUAGGGGGUUGUCGGGUUGGACGCCUUAUGGUUGGGUGCGUAGGGUCGAUUUGUAUCUUCUAGCGGCAUGGUAUUAUAAUCGAAGAGAAGGUCUGAUCUCUAAAACGGGAUCUUUAUAAUGUGGCUUGUGGUGGCUAAGGAGAGGUUCAGGUGUUCUAGUCUGUUUGGAAUUUCCUAAACAAGAUAAUAAGAUUUAAUAUGC